CAUGACAGCGGCGCCUCUUAAGCCAGACUCGAUGCAUCCCCGUCGUAGAAGGAAGAGCUGCACUUUGUUCUGGUGCUCCCUGGGCAUCUCCGCUGAGGCCCUUCUGUUUCUGCUGUCUAGUUUAUCUGAUGCCUGUGAACUGCCACCGCCAUUUGAAGCCAUGGAACUCAAGGGUACACCUAAACUCUAUUACGCGGUUGGAGAGACAAUAGAAUACAAGUGUAAAAAAGGGUACCGAUAUCUGUUUCCAUACCUGAUGAUUGCUACCUGUGAGCCAAAUCACACAUGGGUCCCUAUUUCAGACGAUGGUUGUACUAAAGUUCAAUGUACUGUGUUACAGGACCCUUCAUUCGGCAAAGUACACUACAUAGAUGGCAGAUUUUCAUGGGGUGCUCGAGCUAAAUUUACUUGUAUGGAAGGUUAUUACUUAGUUGGUAUGUCAGUUCUACACUGUGUGCUUAAAGGUGAUGAUGCAUACUGGAAUGGCCAUGUCCCAAGCUGUAAAAAGGUCUAUUGUUUACCACCUCCAAAAAUAAAAAAUGGAACACACAGUUUUACUGAUAUAAAAAUAUUCAAAUACCACGAAGCAGUAAUUUACAGUUGUGAUCGUAACCCAGGACCAGAUGAAUUUUCCCUUGUUGGAACGAGCAUGCUAUACUGUGCUGGCCAUAACACUUGGAGUAACCACCCUCCGGAGUGUAAAGUGGUAAAAUGUCCAUUUCCAGUGCUACCAAAUGGUCGACAGAUACCAAGAGCUAGAAAAAAAUUUUCCUAUCAAGAAACAGUGAUGUUUGAAUGUGUGGAGGGAUUUUACAUGGAAGGCAGUAGCAUGGCGGUCUGUAGUUCUCAUAGCUCUUGGAUGCCAUCUAUCCCAAAAUGUCUUAAAGGUCCUAAGCCUACUCAUCCCACCAAACCUCCAGUUUACAACUAUCCAGGAUAUCCUAAUCCCCGUGAAGGAAUAUUUGGCCAAGAAUUAGAUGCAUGGAUUAAUGCUUUGAUUGUUAUUACUUCACUGGUUGGAGUUGUUGUAAUUUGUCUCAUCAUGCUCAGGUAUCUUGACUACAGGAAGAGGAAAGCAAAUGUAUCUGCAGCAAGAUGAAAAUCCCAUGUGUGGAAGUCAUUACUGUCCCAUUUUUGAAAACUGGAUCUUCAAGUCCGGCAAAAGCAAAAUUAUAUAUUUGCAGGAGCUUCAUUUGUGGUAAUUUGUGUGUCUGUGUGUGUUUCUAGUGUAAAUCAAAUCUGUGUUUCUAAAUACAAUCUGUGUCUAACCUCUCUACCAUAUCCUCACAUUUCAGUCCCUGCAGCUCACCAAGGGUUCUCAGUAUCCAGCUCUGAGUGGCUGUGUCCUGAGCAGAAUGUUCCACCCGUGACAUGGUAUCUGCAGGAAGAAGGCCAUAUUUCCAAGCAGACACUAGACCUUGUCCAAUUCCAGCUCUUGGCCUUAUGCCUCACACUUUGACUGCAUAUAACGGCUGUGAAUUAAGCACACAGUGUGCCUUCCACACUCUCAAUCUACUGUCACCUGAAAUGCUUACUACCCUCUCCGGAUCCACGUACCUCCAAGGCCAAUGCACGUCCUAUCUGUCCUGUGAGGCUCCAGCUCCUCGGGCUCGUGAUCUCUUAUCACUUAGCCUUAAGUCAGCCACAUUUAAGAGUCUGUAGACACGUAUCUAAUAGGAGUCGUAACUUUUACAUCAUUUUAAUGUAUUCAGAGGGUUCAAAGUAAAAACUUGAACUGUGUAACUAAUAGGACAUGAUGUUCUGUAUGUGAAAAUAACUCUUGCUGCCUUUGCAAAUAUGAAGAAAGAUUAAGCAAAGCCAGUCCAGUGUUUCUCACCCGAGGCUGUCCACUAGCCUCUCUCAGGGUGUUUUAUUGACACUUGAGUACCACCGCAGUAGGCUCUUCUGUUAUAAAUUUGAGAUGUGGCCUGAACACAGGAGGUUUUAAUUCCUCUGGUGAUUUUAAUUUGCAGCUGAGGCUGAGAACUUACAUUAGUGUUCAGAGAACCUGACAGUCAACUCUCCAUAUAAAGACGAUAAAAGCUUACAGAAAAUCAUAUUUUAAUUCUGCCUAUUAAAAAACAAAAUUUCAAAGA